AUGAAGUACAUUCAUUCCGAAGAGACCUUGACCGUCCCCGAGGGUGUCAAGGUCACCAUCAAGUCCAGACUUGUUACUGUUGAGGGUCCACGAGGCAAGCUCACGAAGAACCUCAACCACUUGGCCGUCAACUUCUCCCACCCAAAGAAGGAUGUUAUCAACAUCGAAUUGCACCACGGUGCCCGAAAGAACGUCGCUACCCUCCGCACAGUCCGAACCCUCAUCAACAACCUGAUUAUCGGUGUCACCAAGGGCUUCAAGUACAAGAUGAGAUAUGUCUACGCACAUUUCCCCAUCAACGUCAACGUAGACAAGAACUCCGAGACUGGCCUGUACGAGGUUGAGAUCCGAAACUUCAUCGGUGAGAAGAUCGUCCGCAGAGUCGUCAUGCAACCAGGUGUCGAGGUCGAGCCAUCAAAGAACCAGAAGGAUGAGCUGCAAUUGUUCGGUAACUCGCUCGAGAACGUCUCACAGUCCGCCGCCGACAUUCAACAAAUCUGCAGAGUGCGAAACAAGGAUAUCCGCAAGUUCUUGGAUGGUCUGUACGUUUCGGAGAAGGGUAACAUCGAGGAAGACGCAUGA